AUGGACUUGGAGCAGCGCAACGAGCAACGGAGCGUGGGCGCCGAGGCUCCGGGGACUAACCCGAAGUGGGCGGGCCCGACCGCGUCGUCCAGCUCGGUCGCACUCUCGCAUCAUCUCCACGACACCGCGCACGCUGCCUGCCCUGAGUGCGCAUCCGCCAUCAUCGAGGGCAGUUCUUCUUCCGCGGCCAAGGCAUCCUACGCCCGUGGGCACCGCCGUCGUUCCACCCACGUGACUCGCCGUGACCUGGAAAAGUUCCAGAAGGAGGUCUUGGGCGUCGAGAACCACGUCUCCUGGUACGACGAGGAUAGCGGCCCCUCGCGUAUCAACCCCUUGGACCCUCAGCUUGAAGAAUUGAAUCGUGCCUUUGCCGCCGCCGACAUGUCGAUGAGCAGCGGGCCCGGAAUGACUGGCAGCAGCCCUGGCUCCAACAUGUUCGCCAGUUACGACACCUCCCCCGGUGGCAACAUGGCCAAUAUGCCUCGCCAGGGUCUGUCGCCUGCCAUGUCACACCCGUCGGCUCAGGUCAACGGCGGUGGCAUGGCUGCCAUUACGACGGGCAUGCCCAUGAACGCCGGUCACCAGAUGGAUCUGCAUCACUUGUACGAGAUGGUGCUGGAAUUGAGCGAGGUCUUGAAGAACAAUCGGGAGGUCACAAAGAACAUUGUUUCGAGCGCGGAGGAUAUCAUGGUGGGUGAUGUGCAUCCCCCACAAAAAACUGCGAUGCCACUAACUCGAAUCCAGAAACACGGCGCCUCGGAGAAUGCGAGCGCAGCGAUGCAGCAGAUGAACGGUGAAAUCUCCGCCGCCCGGAUCUCGGAGCUCGAACGCGCUCUCACCAAGGAGAGGCGCCUCGUCGAAGAGCUGCGCCGCGAACAGAUCGAGAACACCAAGUUGAUUGGCGACUACGAAACCGGCCUGGGCACGAUGGUGGAGCAGAUCCGCAACUACUGCCAGAACAACAACAUGCAUUUCCUAUACCAGAAGGGCCACUAUAACAGCCUGCUCCAGGCCGAGCGGGAUGCUCACCUGGAGAGCCGACUGGACCGGGACUACUGGCAUGCGCAGACCAUGAAGUGUUCCGAAAUGAUCCGCCAGGCACAUCGCCUGCGCUCGGAGGAAGAGGAGCUGCCCAUCCGCAUCGUGGCCGGUCUGCAGAACGAGGUCCGCGCGUACCGUAGUGCCCUGGGCAUGGACCCGGAGAAGCCGGAGGAAGAGUACGGCUGGGAAGUCCUCAAGGAUGUUCCGUCGAGCACAGAGUAG